AUGUUUGCUAAUGCUAAUCCUGCAACAUGGUGGCAUUCAGUUACAGACGGUUGUAGCCAAGCUGAUCCAAAUGAUGAUGAAGGUGCUUAUGUUAGUGAGGAAGACCUACAAAGUUUGUCUAGUUCAGAUGAGGAUGGUAAUGCCAGGAGGAGAAAAAGAUCCAACAACCAAUUCAAUCAUGCAACAAACAUGGAUAACUUCAGAUUUAAAUUAGGCAUGCUUUUUGCUACCGUGGACCAAUUUAGAACUGCAUUGAAGGAGCAUUUUAUUAAGAUUAACAGGGAGUAUGUUUGGCUGGCCAAUGACCAAAGUCGGGUAAGGGCAAAAUGCAAGAGUGCAGGCUGCAAUUGGGUCAUUUAUGCAAGAGUCCAACUGUCAGACAAGCGCUCAUUCAGGGUAAAUACAUUGGUGGAUAGGCACACGUGUGGAUUGGUUUUCAACAACAAACAUGCAACCUCCAAUUGGCUUGCAAAGCAUUAUCUUGAACAGUUCAAAAUAAACCCAAACUUAACUUACUCUGGUUUCAUGCAGCUAACAACACGUACUCAGUUUUCAAGAACAACAAGGUCAACUUUCUACAGAGCAAAGAAUUGUGCAAGAGUGAUGUUAGAAGGAACUAUAAGGGAACAAUAUGCCAUACUGGAAGAUUAUUGCAAGCAACUGUUAGAGACAAAUCCUGGGAGCACAUCAAUAUUGAAAACCAGAAUGCAAGAUGGAAAGAGGUUAUUUGAAAGGGUGUAUAUAUGUCUUAAAGCUUGUAAAUAUGGAUUCGUCAAUGGUUGUAGGCCCCUUAUCUGCUUGGAUGGUUGUUUUUUAAAAGGAUAUUGCAAAGGAAUGUUAUUAGCUGCAAUUGGCAUUGAUGCAGCAAAUGCCAUGUUUCCAGUGGCUUAUGCUGUAGUGGAGAAGGAGUACACAGGUAGCUGGACAUGGUUUUUAAAUUUAUUGAAGGAGGAUUUGAAGAUUGAUGAACCAGAGAGAUUAACAAUGAUUUCAGAUAGGCAAAAGGGCUUAGAAAUAGCAUUAAGUACUGUAUUUCAAGGUUCGGAAGUGAGAUUCUGUGUGAGACAUAUGCAUGCCAAUUUCAAGAAGCAAUUCCCUGGACUCUUACUUAAGCAAAUGAUGUGGGCCGCUGCAAGGGCAACAACUAAAGUGGAAUGGAAAAAUAGGAUGAAUGAAAUUAAGCAAGAGAAUUUCAAGGCGUAUGAAUGGCUGAUGAAAAAAAACCCAGAAGAAUGGACCAAGUCUCAUUUCAGGGAGCAUGUGAAAUGUGACCUUCUUAUUAAUAACCUCUGUGAAAGUUUCAACAAUGCCAUUCUUGAUGCCAGAGAUAAAUCUAUUAUCACUUUGCUAGAAAAUAUUAGGCAUUGGAUGAUGAGUUUGUUCUGCAAUAGAAGAAUGAGUGUCUCUAAGUGGGUGCAUCCUGUUUCCAAAAGAAUUAUGGACAUCAUUGAGAAAAACAAGAAUGUUUCUAAGCAUUGUUUCCCUAUGCUUGCUGGAGGUGGUAAGUUCCAGGUAAAUUUAUUGCAAAGCAUCAAUGCUCAGUCAUUUGUUGUGAACUUGGAAACGAAAACAUGCACAUGUAGGCUAUUCCAAUUGUCUGGCAUACCAUGUGGGCAUGCUUUAGCUGCUAUCUGGUUUUCAAACCUAGAUCCAGUGGGAUUCAUAGAUGACUACUACAAGAGGCAAGCAUAUGAAGAAACUUAUGCGACACCAAUCGAACCAAUGCCUAGCCCAGAUAAGUGGCCUGACACUGGUCUGAAUCCGAUACAUCCUCCAACAGAGACAAUUUUACCUAGAAGGCCUAAAAAGUCUAGAAACAAAGAGGCAGAUGAACCACCACCUACUACUGCAACAAAGGCUAGGAGAGUUGGCCAAGUUAAUCACUGCAGCAAUUGUAAGCAAACAGGCCAUUCACGAGUAACAUGCAAGAAUGCAACUAUGGAGGUAAUCUUGGUACACGGUAUGCCAGACUUGUAUUCAUUUGCAGUUAAAAUGAAUGUGAUUUGCUUAAGUAUGAUGAGUUAUGUUUUUGGUUUAAUUACAGCCUGCAAGGCAAGAGAGGAAGACCACCAUCUCAGAAUCCUACUACUGAAACUAUUAAAAGGAAGGAGCGAGCUAAGAGACAGAAGCAAAGGAAUGGUGGUUCCACAUCUCAGACCAACUAAGAAGCUGCUCUUUAAUCUUAAACCCUUUUGA